AUGUCAAGACGUACACAUUCAAAAGACGAGGAUAGACAUCGUGGCAGAGAUGAGGCAUCUCACCGCCGCCACCACCACCACCAUGGUUCCAGAAGGCCUUCUCAUCGAGAGGCCCCACAAGGCUCACCUUCCACGACACAAGCUCGUGGUGGUGAUGAAAGGUCUCAGGGUAGGUCACCGCGAGGAGAAGCCUCACAGAACUCAGGAUUCGCAACACAACCCUAUGAUGCUGGCGGAGAGAAUCGUGCAGAGACUCCAGAAUCGGUAUCGCUAAGUCGGCCAUUUGGACAGCCAUUUGGACCUACAGCUGGCAUGGCGGACAUGAACAUUCUGAAUUCUACAUUUACGCCUAUAGUUGCUCCAACAAGAGAUACAUCAUUAUCAACUGUACCACCAGCGCGUCCCAACUCCAUGAGAGAUAAAGAACAUUGUGGAAACUGUGAUAAUUAUGCGGAGAUUCCUGUGCAAACGUGGAAAUAUUAUCAUUUGGAAGAAAACGAAAAAUGCCGCACAGCCUAUCGAGACGGAACCUGUCAUAAUGAGAGGAGCGAUUUUCAAAUCGAAGCAGAGAGACUCUCUGACCAAGCUUUUGGGGAGUCAAUUACACCCGGCGCCCUAAAGGAUUCAAUGAAGCCAGCCCAAACCCAUGCUCCUCAAACGACUAGUGCCAGUGCCUGGAGCCAGGGCGCGUCCCAGCCUUCAAUAUAUCCGCAGAUUGAUAACCCGACUUAUUCCAAUCUCCAAAGCAAUAAUCCCUCCACCUUAUAUAAUCCGUCAGCUAGCUACCCUGCUACCGGCCAGACUAGCAAUACUGGCUACGGCCCUUCUCACAAUACUCUCCAACCAGCCUCUUACCACUCCGGUAAUAGUCGCUAUAUGGCUCCUAGCUAUAUGCUCCCUCCUCCGGUCCCCUAUUAUUCCAGCUAUCCCGCUCCUCGCAUCCCUACUGGCUUGAGCCCUCCCGGCUGUACUCCCGCUACCGGCUAUCCUCCCCCUCAGAUCCAUUACACCUCUUCCAACAUCCCCUACACCUACAACACCCAACAACAAGCUCCAUACCAACCUGCAACCAGUAACCCACCUCAAGGCGAACAACACGCCCCGACAGUUAGCAGCGCACAGCAGAGCGGCAGUCAUCGAGGUAGCGGUGGUCAUAUUCAUAGUCAUGGUCAUGGUCAAAGAAGUGGUCAUAGAAGUAGUAGUAGUCGUACUCCUCGUUCUAAGGAAUAA